GGUCCGGAUUGACGGACGAGGAUUUCACAAACUAUCCGAUCGAUACGCAUUCGAGAAACCGAAUGACCGUCGUGCGUUGGAUCUUAUGAACGCCGCCGCAGUGGAGGUCCUCAAGGAUCUUCCAGACUUGGCGAUUGCUUACGGUGUUAGUGAUGAGUAUAGUUUUGUCUUCCAUCCCACCUGUGAGCUCUUUGAGCGGCGGAGCGCAAAACUGGUGACAACAAUUGUCUCAACCUUCACAGCACACUACAUCUAUCUAUGGGGUAACUACUUCCCUGAUACGCCGUUGCAGCCGCCGCACCUGCCGUCGUUCGACGGGCGGGCAGUUGUAUAUCCGACGAUCAGAAAUCUGAGAGAUUAUAUGAGUUGGAGGCAGGUUGAUUGCCAUAUCAAUAAUCUGUACAACACGACGUUCUGGAUGAUGGUUUUAAAAGGCGGGAUGAGCAAUACUGAUGCUGAGAAUGAGCUAAAGGGAACACUCUCCUCGGACAAGAAUGAGAUCCUGUUCAAGAGGUUCGGGAUCAACUAUAACAAUGAGGAGGAGAUAUACAAAAAAGGGAGUGUGGUAUAUCGGCAGUAUCAACUUGAGGAGAGGAAGCCGCUGAAGGCUCCAGAGGAAGAAGGCCCUACUGUACAAGAAAGCAUCUCGAAGAGUCAACAGGAGAAGCUCCGUAAACUACGGCGCAAGGCGCAGGUCAUCGUUGAGCAUGUGGAUAUCAUCAAGGAUGAAUUCUGGGAGCGGAGGCCAUGGAUUCUCUCGGGGAAGCCGGGGAGGCUUCCAGCAGAGGCUUGAUCGUUACCCUGUCAAGGAUGAUUUGAGGAAUGCAGUGUUGUGGUUAUAUGUUUCUGUAUAGCCAAACCAAAUGGGUAUCUGUACAAGCUAGGCCGAGUUCUAUAUGCAAUGCUAUGCGA